AUUUGGUAAAACGAUACGUCGUCGAGCGCAGAGAAGAAGCAACCACAACAGACAGGAAACAAUAUUCUACCUACCCAAAAGCGCCUAGAACCAUUCGGCUGACGGCGGCGCUACUACAGUAGCUGAGGUCGUGAGACAGACAAGCUAAAAAUACAAUCAGAUGAAGUCAUACACAAACGCGUCGACCAGCAAACAUAAAAACGCCAAAUUCAAGUGAAAAGGAAAAAUUGUGGUACAAGCCAGCAACACUUGUUUAGUAAAGUGAAGUGGUUGAUUGAAACGCUCGGAGCGGAAUUGACGGUCGUGGGAAUCCCCGCAGGAAAUUUGCGAUUUGACGUGAAAAAAAAGUUUUCGGCCAGUAGAAUAGGGAUUGCUCAACCAAAUCCAAAAGCAUCCAGCAAGGAUUAAUCGCCAUUUGGAAUCAGGUGCUUCUAAGGCCGUCGCACAUUCAUAAACAAACAAUAUGAGUAAACAAGCUCCGCCAUCGUACGGUUUCGCGGUGCCCCCGCAAUCGGCUCCGCCCAGUUACGCACAAGCCGUCGGAGGUGUACCUCCGGCCAGUCCCUUUACGCCCAACAUCCCGCAGCAGAGCGGUGGCCCAACCAUCAUCACCACAGUCGUCCCGGUUGGGCCGGCCUCAACGCACAUGAUCUGUCCCAGUUGCCAUGCCGAGAUCAACUCCCAGACGACAACUUCCCCCGGUCUUAUCGCUUACGUUUCCGGCUUUCUGAUCGCUUUGUUUGGCUGCUGGCUAGGAUGCUGUCUUAUUCCAUGCUGCAUCGAUGAGUGUAUGGACGUACAUCACACGUGUCCCAACUGUAAGGCCUAUCUCGGACGACAUCGACGAUAAGCAACGAGCAUUCAUUUCCGAACACUGAUCGAAUCUCUGCCACAUCUCUUCAAUGCUACAUGGUUCACAGUUAAUGUCUCUGCAGAACGAAACCAACAUAACAAAUAUUUGUAACAGAUACUACUAUGUCGCAUUAGCUGGAGGAACGAUGGGAUGUGAUUGUUGAAACUUCACUAAAACCAUUCAAUGGAUCGAUAGAUGUAAUCAAUUGUAGUAACGAAUGCUUGAAAUGGUUGGCGUUUUGAUCGGAAAAUUUGUAUUUAUCAAAUUAUGAACUUUAAAACUUCACGAUAAAAAGCAGCUUAUGUAUCUGCGUUAAGCCGUUUCGGUAUGUUCAGUUUAAAAUAGCUUCCAAUCGAGCGUUUUGAACGAGUUCAAUCUCCAUUUCGGCUCCACAUUUUUCUGAACCCAUUGAUUUAUCGGAGGAAUUUUUUUUUGAAACAUCACAUGUGAGCUCUAUUGGGGUUGUAGAUAACAACUCAAAAUGCUUAACUACAUUCAACGAAAUUUUUACUUCCAAGCUAAAGGAUUAACAGUGAAUGAAACAAUUAUUGUUUGAAGAAUCGGAGAAGCCGCACAUCACACUUGACUAGAACAGCUUGAAACAUUUUUUAAUCAAAUGAAUGGUUUAUAUGGAUAUACAAAUAACAUAAAUAAUCGUAGUUGUGUAAUUGUUACAGUGUUUCAGAGCAGAACAGUCACAUUACAAUAAACCAAAAAUAAUUUUAAUGUA